AACGCCAACUCUGAUGACUUCCUGUUAGCACGAGCGACUGUGGAGCGGUAGAAAGUGAUGGUUCUCGGAAGAUAAUACAAAAACCAAGUGCAGCCGGAAUAAAAGUUCACUCAGAAUGAGUUGGAUCCCAUUCAAGAUUGGACAACCGAAAAAACAGAUCGUCUCUAAAACUGUCGAGAGAGACUUUGAGCGUGAAUAUGAGAAACUUCAAAAGCUGGAGGAUCAGACUAAGAAGCUUCACAAAGACAUGAAGAAAAGCACCGAUGCUGAUUUAGCCAUGUCCAAAGCUGCAGUGAAGAUCUCUGCAGACCUUUUGAGUAAUCCGCUGUGUGAGCAGGACCAGGCCUUCCUGGACUCCAUAACUGCUUUGGACACGGCUAUGAAAAGGAUGGACGCCUUCAAUCAGGAGAAGGUAAACCAGAUCCAGAAGACCGUUAUUGACCCUCUGAAAAAGUACAGCGGCGUCUUCCCGAGCCUGAACAUGGCGGUGAAGCGUCGGGAGCAGGCGCUGCAGGACUACAAACGCUUACAGUCCAAAGUGGAGAAAUACGAAGAGAAAGAAAAAACCGGACCCGCCAUGGUUAAGCUCCAUCAGGCUAAAGAAGAGCUCCGACCGGUCAAGGAGGAUUUUGAGGCCAAGAACCAGCAGCUGCUGGACGAGAUGCCCAAAUUCUACCAGAGCCGCAUCGACUACUUCCAGCCCAGCUUUGAGGCUCUCAUCCGUGCACAGGUAGUCUACUUCACUGAAAUGUACAAGAUCUUCAGCGAGUUAACAGACCAGAUCGAUCAGGGCGGGCUGACGGACGAGCAGAGGCAGAGGGAGACCGAGGCCAAGCUCACCGAGCUGCGCGCUCUGUCCAUUGUUGCUGACGACUGACGCAGGAAGGCUGAAUGUGGGGACGUGUGCUCUUCAUGCCUCUGAAUGGACGGCCCUUUGUAAGCUCCUCUGGAGUUCAAGCGGACCGCAGCGGCCUUAACCUGAUUAUCAGUUUGUUCCCCCCCCCCCCCCCCCCCCCCAUUCCUCUUGCACUACAUGCUCAUGUUUCAUUCUCUGUGCAGAAAGUCGAAGGAGCUGAAUGCCACAUUAACUCUCAGCUCUGAGAAUUCAGAAGCCAAUAUUUUGUGUUUUUUAGUUUAUUUUAAUGUUCAUAGCAAAGGACUCCGUUCAUUCUGCCAGGAUUACACUACCCAGGGUUUUGGCAAUGUUUGCCAGCCUUGUUAUAAAAUUUAAACCAGUUUGUUAUUAGUCUAAUCAGCCGUUAAAGUUUGUUAAAGGUAGUUUUUAUUACUUAGCUCUGAAACGGUUGUAGCUCUGGGGCUUUUUUCUGGUUAUCUUUAGCUAUCUUUAAGGGCUUUUAAUCAUUUUAAACAUCACCUGUCAAUAAUGUGCCUUCGUGAUCCUGACUUUUAAGUGUAAGAAGUGAGAAUGUCUCUGGACACUCAGGAUCCAAGGAAGAUGCCAGGAAAACCAAUGCUGGCACUCCCUCUAGUGGGAGGGACCACACAUGACACACACUUUUCUUUUGUUAACAUCCAGUCCUUUGUUCUAUUGUUGGUUGGAGUGUGUUAGCAGAGACGCUCACACGUUGCUGUGAUUCUAGAAAGUCUCUCUUCACCCUCAACACCAGGAAUGGAUGCCAGUUUUUGAUUUUGGACGAAGUCAUACUGCUAUUGCACUCUUUUGUUUCCACCCGUGGUUUGGGCUGAGUUUCAGUAUGAAAACCACACCACAUUCAUGAAGGUUUGUUAUUGUGUGGCCUCACAAGUAUAUUAUUCUUUCCUCUUCUGAGUUUGUGUUCCACGUUAAUUUUACUAAUGAAGGUGCUCUUCCUAAUCAGCAUUUAUUUAUUUAUUUUUACAUCUUUUUUUAACACAGCUAAGGGAACUCUGUAGUUUGAUUUGUACGUUGGUAAAUGUUUCAGCUGUGAUGUGUCGUCAAUCAUGAAGUAAAUUAAUUUUGAGACAAAA